UUACAAACUGCUGACCGCGGUCGGAAAAGCGUUCGUUCGUUCGUCGCAGUGUUUUUUCUUCCGCGAAAGUCGAGAAAGUCGGGGCGUUCCGAUGUGCAAUGUCCGCCGCCGAGUCCGAAUCGCCGCGCAGUAUCCUCGCCCGGUUGGAGCAGCUGAAACAGUGGCAGGAAGAGCAACAGCGCGUUCUGCUGCAGAAACAAAUCGCCCAGCGCGAGCUGCUCAAUCAGGAACAGCAGAAAAUGUACGCUAUUUUGGGGCUGGACCGCGGGGGGACCGAAGGAGAUGACCAGGAGGUGAUGGUGAGUGAUGACGAACCGGAAUUUGAACAAACCAACAUGCAGCGGCAGUUGGUGCUGGAUCGGAGAAGAAGCCCACCGGACGACAGUGACGUAGAAGUGGAGAAGGUGCCGUCAAGGCAGCGGAUUAGGCAACCCCCGGUACCCACGAGAAAAGUUCCGACGAAACCCUUCCUCAAGCGUGGCGAAGGGUUGAAAGCUAGGUUUAAAGUUGAUCCCAAUAGUUUUAAGCUAGACAAUUUGCCCAAGUAUAAGUAUGCUAAUCUCGCUAAAUCUAGAGCGCAAGAUGCCAAGAAACGGAAGCAAUCCGAAGAAGCAUCGACGGCGGAUAAGCCGUCGGGGAACAGUAGGGGGAAAUCACAAGAGCCGUCGGGGCGGAAAUUUUUGGCCCGAAGAGAAGAAUCGCCACCGAGGGUGGUUUUGGACAUUAACAAGGUGCAACAUAAGAAGCUUACUGUUCAGCAGCCGGUGGAGAAAACAGUUUCGAGGAAUAUCAAUCAAACGGCUGAAGAAUGUCCUGGUGAGGAGAGUUUGGACGAGACUGACGAUCAAGAGGAGAUUAGUUUAUUGCCCAGUAUGGAAUCACUGAAGCUGAGACGUGAUGCAAUCGAGUCACAGAAAAGUGCAGCACCUGUCCAGCCCCAAGUCCAACCGAACGUCCCGUGGAAGCAACAGCUGCAAAAUGACCCAAUGCUCCUGCGGCAGCUCAAAGAACUAAAAGACCUUAAUCUUUUCGAGCUACUCGAACAGCGACUGGCUUCCGGCAAUGCAAGUCUCGAUUCCGACGCCAGCACCCUGUUGAAACUGCUAGCGGAAAACACUACAGACCUUUCGGGACUUCUAGGCCUCUCCGAUUCCACUAUCGUUCCUCCACCUGCACGCAAUAAUCCUCCCUCGGAAGAACCCUUGGUUCAAACGGAAGAAGUGACCACCUGUCUGACGAUCUACCCGAUUCCGGAUCCGAAGAGACAUUUUCUCAAAGACGACAGUGACCUGUCGAGCAGUUCCAGCUGCAGUUCCACCGAAAGCGACUCAGACGAUGAGGAACGAGGACACGUCCACUUUGCCGAUGAGCAAGAAGUGCAGGAGAUCGAAACGGACGUUGAAUCCCAUCUGGAAACCGUGAACUUCAGUCGAAUGUCCACCCCGAAGGAUAAAUCGCCGAAGGAUCGAGGGUCGCUGUCGAACGAGGAUGAUUCAGGUCGAUCAGCGCAGGCGGAGAAGGUUGACGAAGAGCAGAAGCGGAUCCGGGAGGACAUUCUGGAAAAGAGCGAGCUGCUUAAGGAAAGGCUGGUCGAACUUGAGACUGAAAUCGAAAGCUUCCGGAAGGAAAAUGCCGAGUUGAUGCGCAUGAAGCAAGACCACGAGCUGGAGAAAAUCAAGCUUGAGCAGGAUCGGGAGGAGAUGAUGGAGAAACUAAACGACGAGCGUAUCAAGAUGGAGGUGUACUUCCAUGACGAACGCAUAAAGAUUGACGAGGAGAGGCAGAAGGCGCUGAAGGAAGCGAUGAAACCGACGAAGAAGGAAAAGGAGGAGAUUCUAAGACUGAAAGAACAGAUCGCUGAAAUGCAGAAGGAAGCGAAAGCCAAGGAGGCGAAGCAUGCGUCCUCUUUGUCGCGCUUUCGGUCGCAAAUAAAGAACCUGGAGAAGGAUCUCAAAGAAACCCAGCUGGAACUGGAAGUUAUCAAGAAAGAUAACAAAAAGCUGGAAACAGAGAAUGCUCGCCUGAAGCGACAGAACAACAGUCGCAUGCUGCUGGAAAUUAAUAAGAAUCUUGCAAAGUUGGCAGCUCCUUCGGCGGAACCUUCUGGAGAACCACGGAGGAACUCAUCGCCGGAGAAGCCACGGAAAUGCGUAGCCGCCAAGAUCAAACCCAUCGAGGUAGUGGAAAAGGCCGUCAUUGGUAAAGUGGCAACGGCGAAGGUGAUCAGCCAUCCAAGGCGAAGCACAGAAAGCCGAAAAUCGAAGCUUUCAAGCAGUGACAGCCAGUCGGAAUCGAGUGAUUCUUCCAGCGCAAGUGAAGCAGACUCGAGUGGCGACAAAGAGGAACGAUCAAGGCGAUCGUCGUAUUUCCAAGGCAAAGCGAAGAAAGGACUGUUCCAAACGGAAGUGCAGGAUCAGAGUCAACCAGAAGCGACGGCGGAAGACCGAAGUCCCAAAACGGCCGAGUUGAUCAACAGUCUCAAACGUGAAACGGUCAACGCUGAUGGAAGCAGAGACAUUUGGUAUCCGAACGGAAACUUGAAGAAAAUUUCACCGGACGGGCUGGUGAUACGGAUGCUGUACUUCAACAAGGACAUCAAAGAAACCAAUAUGAGCGAGGGGACGACCAAGUACUACUACUUCGAAACGAACACGUGGCAUACGACCUACCUAGACGGUUUGGAGAUCCUGGAGUUUCCUGAUGGCCAAACGGAGCACCGCUUCAAGGACGGCUCGACGGAGGUCCACUUCCCGAACGGGUCGAUCCGCACCACCAACCCAAACAGCACGGACAUCGCCGAGGAGUGGAAGUACCCGGACGGAUCGACGGUGAUCAUCAAGAAGAACGACGACAAGGUGAUCAACCUCCCGAACGGGCAGGUGGAAAUCCACACGAAGGCACACAAACGCCGGAUCUAUCCGGACGGGACGAUCAAAUAUCUGUACCCGGACGGGAGCCAGGAGAGCCGGUACUCGAAUGGACGCGUCCGACUGAAGGACAAGGAAGGGAAACUCAUCUCCGACACGGGCGGAACGGGAUGAUCUGAUCAUACUCCGAUAGUGCAAGUAAGUGGCAAGAUCUUUGUUGUAUAUUGUAAUAAAUUUUAAUAUUUUUACAUA